CAGAACCUGAGAGGUGAGUAUUAUCAGAGCCAGUACAAAGUGCGCAACUGUCCUGGUUAUUCAGUUGCAAGUUACGGUGUCACAGUCCUCUUGAACGUGUUUCAUAAGCAACACUUCAAAGCUACAGGUCGAGCUGCAGAUGAGAAUUUCCCUUCACUCCAUCUGCAUCUUCAGGAGUUUAUUCUCUCAGAGGCAAACAGUAAACCCACAGCGGCGAGCCUUGAGUGGUGCAGCGAUGCGUCUGGUGCAGUUUCAUCGCCGUGGUGACAGCGGUGGCAUCAGAGUGGGAGUGGAGCAAGGUGAGGGACUGGGCGUGGUGGAUCUGAGGGCGUUUGACCCCGCCAUGCCCUCAACGAUGAGGGAGCUGCUGCAGCUGGGAGAAAAGGGUCUGGAGUGUGCACAGAGAGCCUUGUUGUCUGGCCAGUGUGUGCUGGAGCGAUCUGACAUCCAGCUACUCUCUCCUGUUUUGGCCCCGGAGAAGGUGGUCUGUGUGGGUAUGAACUACCGGGACCACUGCCUGGAGCAGAAUGCCCCGAUCCCCAAAGAACCAAUCAUCUUCAGCAAAUUCCCCAGCGCCAUCACGGGUCCAUAUGAUGACAUCCUCCUGCCCUCGGAGAGCCAGGAGGUUGACUGGGAAGUGGAGCUGGCCUUUGUGAUCGGACGAAGAGGCAAACACAUCAAGGAGGAAGACGCUCUCUCCUAUGUGGCCGGCUUCACUGUGGCCAAUGAUGUCAGCGCGCGUGACUGGCAGAUGAAGCGCAACGGGAAGCAGUGGCUGCUGGGAAAAACGUUUGACAGCUUCUGUCCUCUCGGCCCUGCUUUAGUAACCACAGACUCUCUGAAAGAUCCUCACAACCUGGGCGUCCGCUGCCUGGUUAAUGGAGACACAGUCCAGAGCAGCAACACCGAUCAGAUGAUCUUCAAGACGGAGGCGCUGGUUGCCUGGGUUUCAAAGUUUGUGACCUUGACUCCAGGAGACGUGUUCCUGACAGGCACUCCCCCAGGCGUGGGUGUCUUUAGAAAGCCACCCGUCUUCCUCAAGAAAGGAGAUGUGGUGGAGUGCCAGAUAGACCAGUUAGGCUCCAUAAUCAACAAAGUGGUCUAAUUUGUGAGGCAUCUGCUGAAAACACCAACAGCCAAUGAGGGAAUGAUCGACUGCUGCACAAAAUGAUUUCAUAUUUCCAAAGAGUUUAAUAGAUUUCUACUUCCAGUAGAAUGUGUGAAAACCAGACAGAAAAAGUGUAAAAAAUGUGUUUAAUGAAUAAUGUUUUGUUCAUGACACUGGAGGAACCGAGAGGAAGGAAAACAUGGUAUUUUUACGACAUGAAAUAGUAUAAUUACGUGACUCAACGUGGUGUUUUCGUAGCUUGACCUCAGUUAUUGUGUCGCUGUCAUUACUGGCUGUAAAAAUACCCUCUGAGAGCCGCCACCCACUCAUGCUGUGUAGCACAAACCUCCUGACUUCAACAUGUAAAAAAUAAAAAGGAUUUUUAAUUAUGUUCCA